AAGUCCACUUGUCCUUGACAACCAUGAACCGUCUGCCCUCGCGCAGUUCCCGCGUUCUCCCCUCCCCUCCCCCGCGAAACUCAUGCCCCGUGUCUCCCCUCCGCCUCCGCGACGACUGCCUGCCUUCGCUUGAGGGGCUCAGCAAGACCGAUAUCGGUUUCCGCUUGAGCGCCUUGCGACGCCAUGUGCGCCCUCUGUCCCGUCCCCUCCUUGCGACCUGCGCGGCUUGCCGCUUGCAGGCUUUGAACGUGUCAGUGACCCCCUCGACGGCCCGACGUGCAACUUGUCAUCAAUAGCGUACAUCGCAGCGCCUCGACGUGAGUUCGUUGUCUGCCCAUCGCGUCGUGAAGCCUGUUGAUCAUGACCGCCAGACACCCCCUGGCAGUGAAACUACUCUUUUCAGGUGUGUUGACACUAUUCUCUUUGUAUAUCAGCUGCUGAGAGCUUCGCAGGUGUUCACCAUGUAUGUAGAGCAAAUCCGUCGACUGCAGAGCCCUCACAAUUGGAAUGGUGCGGCGGUCUCGGGCGCCUACGGAGGUAGGGAGCAUUACGAUAGGCUUAAGCGGGUUCCGUAACAUCCGACUUUGUGUACUCUAUGUAGAUCGAGAAUAAGAUAAUAGUAUCAAUAUGCUUUCUCU